AUUGAUCGGCAUCAAACACACACACACACACAUACAUACACAGCAAAUCACAUGAUGAUGUAUUAUAAUCAUUGUGGAUUAUAAUCAUCUAAAUCACGUCCAUAUCCUUCUGUUUCAUCGUCCAAAAAGAUAAAGAGAGAGAGAGAUUAUGUUUAAUGUUGUGUUUUCAGAAAAUUCCCGAACAAUGAUCCAAGAUUUUUUUGGUCUUUAAAAACGACUAUUUAAUCAUUCCGUUGAUGACACAUUAAUUUACAUUGAAAACAAUUACAGCUUAAUCAAUUUGUUACCAAACAGUACAAAGAAAAAAACUUUGAUCAAAUAGCCGCUAUUAUAUAUUUAAUAUAUUGACAAUUUUACAAUGAUGUUGAAUUCGGCUACAGCCACAGCCAAUCAUCCAUUUCCUGGUCCACCACAUUUUGUUGAUUUACACGUCAAUCCAGGUGAAUCCGUAUCCAUACAGUUCAUCGAUGGCAACGAAACAGUGUUACGUGGACCAACAACAAUCAAAAUGAUUUCUCAACAUGCCUUUCCACCAAUGCCAAUGCCUGUUCAGGUUCCGCCUGGUCAUAUGAUACAGCAAAUCGUAGAUGAACAUGGAACAUUGAAGCAUAUCAUAUUGUCUGCAUUGACAACAGCCGUUUCAGCAACAGGAACGGCAAAUAAUGGUGGUGGCGGUUCCAAUGGUGGUACGUCGGCUGGAACAGCCACACCAUCAUCAGCAUCGAAUACUGCAUCUGCUACUUCGGCAUUCAUAUCAAAUCCAGUAGCAGCCGCAUCUCAUCAUCAACAGCAAACACCACCACAGCCACAUCCAUUUUGUUGUUGUUGUACACAAACAUGUGUGACAUCACCAUCACAGGCCGGUUUACCGCAACCAGCUGCCGCCAUUGUUGUGGGUCCAAAUCAAAUAAUUCCACAAGGGCCACCACCACCGGUAGCCGUUUUUCCUGCUGUACCACCACCACCUUUAAGCCAUUCACCUGCCACAUCUAUGGCUGGCAAUGUUGGACCAUAUGGCCCACCGCCAACAGUAGCAGCCGUCAUGAAUUCAAGAUCAUCCACGAUAAGUGGUCGAUCUGGUGGUGGACAACGAUCAUCGACAAAUAAUACUACAUCUACAACCGGACAUCGGAAUUUUUCAUCGCCAAAUAAACAUAGAUCCACAUCAUCGUCAACAUCGGCAUCAACAACGACGACAAAUUAUAACCACAAUAAUAAUAAUCAAUCAACGCAAUCGGCUAAUGUGAAUUAUUUUAUGACGAACAAUAAUAAUAAUAUUGGAACAGCGAAUCAUCAUCAUAAUAAAGAUGGUAAUUAUAAUCGACGAACACCACCAUCAUCAAAUACGGCAGCAACGAUAGCACCAACAUCAUCAUCAUCAUCCGCUUCAUCAUCAUCAUCAUCGAACUCCCGUUAUUCAAAAUCAUCAUCAUCAUGGAAGUGCAAUGUAUCAAUAUGA